AUGCCUGCCUUCUCGCGUCUGGUUCGCUUCCUCGCCAAGGACGGCCGCACUUACUACGGCGAUGCUAUUCUGCCUAGGGGCGUCACAGACAUAGGGAAAGCAAAGCAGGCCUAUAUCAUCGCCGGUGAUGUCCUCGGCAAUCACGAUGUGACGGAGGAUGUCGCCGAUAUUCGUCUGCUUCUGAGCCCGCUCGCGCCAGAGCACGUCGGGACUGUGAGGUGCCUGGGCUUGAACUAUGCACAGCACGCCAAGGAGACAAAUAUGCCCAUCCCCAAGUAUCCCGUGCUGUUCUACAAGCCAGUAACAGCGCUGGGGGGACCGUUUGAUCCGAUCCCGGUGCAUGCGAUGGCUCAGGAAGGCGAGGGUCUUGACUACGAGUGUGAGCUUGUGGCCAUCAUCGGCAAGAGGUGUUCCGACGUGCCCGAGUCCAAGGCUCUCGACUAUGUGCUUGGGUACUCGGUUGGCAAUGAUGUCUCUCAUCGGGACUGGCAGAUCAACAAGGGCGGUAGCCAGUGGUCAUUGGGCAAGGGUUUUGAUGGCUGGGCCCCGUUUGGCCCCGGCAUUGUUUCGAGCGCGCUGAUCAAGGACCCUCAGAAGCUGAGCAUCUCGACGGUGCUGAACGGCAAGACGAUGCAGGACUCUAACACAUCAGACAUGAUUUUCGGUCUUGCUAAGACGAUUGCAUUCCUGAGCCGAGGGACCACGCUGCUCCCAGGAGAUGUCAUAUUCACGGGUACGCCUCAGGGCGUGGGUGUAGGACGAAGUCCUCCAGUGUGGCUGAAGGAUGGAGAUGUCUGCGAGGUGAGCCUUGAGGGUGUGGGGACCUGCGUCAACAAGGUCGAGUUCGGUAGCCCAACAUCGAAGCUGUAAAACAGACGUGUGAACUCAGUCGAUAUCAAGCUCCAGAGCCUUACCAUGUCAAGUAUUAGUCUGCUGUG